GGGUUUCUAUUAUUUUUGGUGGGAUUACAGGGAUUCAGGAAGGUCACGGCAAAUCAGUGGGAGUUUGCCCAUGAGUCAUUCCGGCGAGGUGAGAAACAGCUCCUCUAUGACAUCCAUCGCCACAAGGUUUCUAACUCGAUGGCAGCGGCAACACCACCCGUGGCGGCUGUUCCAUUGGCGGCACUGCCAUCACCUACAAACUCCAGUGAGGAGCAAGCUAUGUCAUCAAGCUCGUCGGCAGUGACUGUGGCUGAUCUAUUGAGCGAGAAUGAGAGGCUCCGUUUUGAAAACGGGCAACUCUCGCGUGAGCUAUUGGAGAUUAAGUCCCUCUACAACAAUAUCCUUAAUAUAAUGUCAAACUAUACAGCCAAAAAUACUGUAGCUGUGACAGCACCUGGCAAGGUGCCGCUGGAACCCAUGCCGGCACAGCCGGAGCAUAGCCAUAGGCUCUUUGGAGUCUUGAUCGGAGAAAAGCGGAUCCGGAGCAAUGAGGCCGAGGAUCCGAAUAAGGAGGUCAAGCGACGCCUAUCGGAUUCAGAUCCGCCGGCACAGCCGGAGCAUAGCCAUAGGCUCUUUGGAGUCUUGAUCGGAGAAAAGCAGAUCCGGAGCAAUGAGGCAGAGGAUCCGAAUGAGGAGGUCAAGCGACGUCUAUCGGAUUCAGAUCCGAUAGAUGGGCAGGAUCCGCUGAACUGGAUGUUGUGUUGCCCUCCGCCAGCAAACCAGUGAGUCUAAUGGAGGAUGCACGUGACGCCUUUGGUCACGUGAUUAUUUCUUAUUCCGUUGUAUUUUUAAUUGUUUUU